AAUGAAGACCGGACAAGUGUGGCGACAAUACAUUAUUGGAGCUAUCGCGAACAUAGGCAUCGUAAUGACGGGCUACUCCAUGGGUUGGACGUCUCCCGUCACCGUCAAGCUGAAGGACUCAAAUCUGACGGAUUCGCCCCUCGCGGCACCCAUCACCGUGGACCAGGAGUCAUGGAUCGGCUCCAUCUUGAAUCUGGGGGCUAUUCUUGGGCCAUUCAUCGCCGGCCCGCUAGCCGCCCGCCUCGGCCGCAAAUGGACGCUCAUCCUAUCCUCAACCCCCCUUUUUAUCGGCUACAUCUUAAUUGUGGCCGCCGCCACCGUGGGUGUCCUCUACGCCGGGCGUUUCAUGUGGGGCGUCGGUGCCGGCAUGCUGUUCACCGUGUCUCCUAUGUACUGCGCUGAAAUUGCCACGGUGAGCAGCCGCGGCGCCCUAGGCUCCUUUCUCCAAGUAUUCAUCACGCUCGGUUUCCUGGUGGUCUACGUCAUCGGUCCCUACAUAUCUUACGGAGCUAUUGUCUACGUGGCUAUAGUCAGCCUGGUAGUCUUCGAUAUUCUAGUGUUCUUCAUGCCUGAGACACCGAUUUAUCAUCUCACUAAGAAUGACCGGGACUCCGCUGUCUCAUGUCUGAUGACGAUCCGUGGCCAGUCCCGCGAGGGUGUGGAGGCCGAAAUAGAUGUAAUGGCUGCUGAAGUUGCCGCUUCAAUGGCGAAAACCGCUACAAUCCGGGAUGUGUUCCAAGGCAGCAACCUCAAGGCGUUCUACAUCUCCUGCGCCCUGAUGUUCUUCCAGCAGUUCUGCGGCAUCAACGCGGUUCUAUUCUACAUGGCCAACAUAUUUGAAUCCUCUGGUGCUAAACUGAACUCUUCCGUUGCUACUAUCAUCGUCGGUAUAGUGCAGGCCGCAGGAUCAUGGACGACGCCGUUCGUCGUCGAUCGACUGGGACGGCGGUUGCUGCUGAUGUUUUCCACCUGCGGCUCAGCCAUCACUUCGGGUCUCCUAGGCCUAUACUUCCUUCUGGAUCACCUGAACAGCCCCACAGCAGCCUCCAUAGCCUUCCUCCCUCUCCUCUCCCUGGUGGUGUUCAUAGUGACCUACGGGGCUGGUCUCGGGCCGCUGCCCUGGGCCGUCACGAGCGAGCUGUUCCCUAUACAAGUGAAGGCUGCUGCCGCGCCCAUGACGACGGCUUUCUGCUGGCUGCUGUCCUUCUUGGUUACUAAGUAUUUCGGGCCGGUGUCCCAAGCACUAGGAAUGCACGUGGCUUUCUUCUUCUUCUGCGCCUGUUGCGUGGUCGCCUUCUUCUUCACGGUCUUCUUCGUGCCGGAGACGAAGGGCAAGAGCUUAGCUGAAAUCAGGGAGAUGUUGUCUGCAUAG